AUGACAUCUGAUAAUAACUCUGUGACUAGUGAAGACUUAAAAAACAUUCAUAGCGAAUUGUCUAAUGUAAUAUCAGCUGAUGUGGUAACUGCAAAUUCUAGACUCAUAUUCAUCUUAGCUACUACGCUUAUUGUGAUCUACCUAGGAUUGAUCUCUUCCGUUGGGGUACCUCUUAAUGUAGAGGAAGGAUUAGCCAACGCCGAAUUUAUUGAUUUGCCGAUAGAUGAUGACAUACCUAACUCUGGUGACGCACAGGAAACCGCGGAACAACCAGACAUGGACAAAUCCAACGAAUCGGAAAGGGAAAGUGAAAGUUAUUCUGACGAAAAUUAG